CGGGAGAGGCGGCGCGGACCACUCGCGGCGAGCCACACCCACUCCGCCCGCCGCCAAGAUGAGCUGCGCGCCGCCGUGGGUGGACGCGGCGCUGGUGCAGCGGGCGCUGGACGCCGAGGCGGCGUCGGCGGACGGGGAGGCGCGCGCGCAGGCACCGGCGGUGCGCAGCGUGAGCGCGCAGCCGCUGGGCGCCGCGGGCGAGAACUUCGCCAGCCGUCUGCUGCGCGUGCGCGCGCAGCUGGAGGGCGGCGCGCAGCGGUCGCUGGUGCUCAAGUGCGAGGCGGAGGACGCGGCCGUGCGCGACAGCAUCCGCCAGUCGGGCUUCUUCCCCAGGGAGAUCGCCUUCCUCACGCGCGUCUACCCCACCAUGCAGGGGCUGCUGGAGGCCGCGGCGCCGGGCCGCUUCCCGCCGCUGGCGGCGCGCUGCCUGCUGCACGGCGCCGACCCGCACGCCUUCCUGCUGCUGGAGGACCUGGGCGAGCGGGGCUUCCUGACGGCGGACCGCGUGCGCGGACUGGGGCUGCGCCACAGCCUGCUGGCGCUGUCCGCGCUCGCGCGCCUGCACGCCGCCUCCGCCGCCGCCCUGGCCGCGAGCCCGCCGCUCGCCCGCGAGCUCUCCUGCCCGUGGCGCACCGCCCGCGAGGACCCCUUCGACAACGUGCUGCAGCUCUGCUUCGGGCUGGCCGGCGAGGCCGCGCUGCUCUGGCCCGACCUGCCCGACGAGUACGCGCGCGUGCUGGCGCGUAUGAAGGCCGCCGUUUACGACAAGUUCGCCGCGCUCUGCCGCCCCAAGCCCGGUCGCUUCAACGUCAUCGUCCACGCCGACUACUGGACCAACAACAUCCUGUUCCGGUACGAGCACGGCGCGCCGGUGGAGGUGCGGGUAGUCGACUACCAGAUCUCGCACGUCUCCUCCCCGGCGAUGGACCUCCUGCGCUUCCUCUACACCAGCCUCCACCAGGACGUGCUGGAGCGGCACGUGGACCUGCUCGUCAGGGAGUACCAUGCGGCGCUGCAGGAGACGCUGGAGCUGUUGGGGAUGGAGUCGCCCACGCUGAAGGACGUGUGGGAGGACAUCAACGCCCACGGCUUCUACGGGCUGUUCGGGGCGGUGCUGAGCGUACCCUUUAUGCGCGCGGAGAAGGGCAACGCGCCCGACCUGGACAGCGCCUUCAAGGGCGAAGGAGGCAUCUCCAAGGAGACCUACCACACCUGCAGCCAGUUCCUCACCUACGUGCUCAAAGACUUCCGCAGGAGAGGGUGGCUCUGCUGGGAGGAGUUUUGUGAUCCCUAGCCGCAUCCCAGCCAGCCGUCCAUCUGCCCUCUACGUGGUCCAAUUGGUCCAACACCCUCACCCCUCCGACUGCCCCUGGGUCGACGACCCUUUCACCACGUCCUGCAGCCGUGCUUCCAGACGGCCGGAGAAAGCGCUCUUCAAUAUCUCGACUUCCCACAUGGUAAACUCGCAAGCUCAUCUUCAUAAAGGAGGCUGUCCAAGACAUAACUACCGAGCUGUUGCAAGCCUGGAGAUUUCAACGUCGCUAUACUCGUGGACUACUGGGCCAAGUACGUCACGUUUCAGUACAACUACCACGCGCCAGUGGAAGGUUGCGUUGAUUUCUCACACUGGUGUCAACGACUUCAGAAUAAGAAGGUGGCUCUUUGGAAGAGUUAUCUGAUCACUAGACGUUUCGUAUAAUGCUAAUACUCUCCCAACUACGCGUUGCCUUCUUCCAGUACCCUCACCCCUCCGAUAUGUUUUUCAUGUCCUUGGGCCGACAACUCUCACGAGAAGGUCCUGCAGUCGUGCUUCCAGUAGGCCGGAGAAGUCGGUCUCUAGUAUUCCAACCCUCGGCUGAAUACCCUCUCAUGACCCUGAGAAUGUAGGGGCUUGCCGCAUUAUGCAUGUUUGCAGUACUAAGUUCGUCACUCUAUGUCGAUCCAAAGACUGGACUCUUUAACGCCAUACGCGUAGACUCCUGAACCAACACAGGAAAGUUUCCAUGAACGAGCUACCAGCGGAAUUGCGAGUUGUUUUCUCAUCCCUUUGUUCAAGACAUUCGCAGGAGAGACGUUCUGAGGAGGUUCUGCCAGGAGAGGUUUUUGUAACCUCAACUCUAGUUUGGUGCGUCUCAGUAACCAAAUGCUUAUUUGAACACUAAUUAUCCAAACACGUGUGAAUCUGAGCUCUACCAACGUACGUUCAAAGUGGAAGCAGAUAAUAAAUUAAGAUAGUCUGGCUGCACAAUGGGACAAAGCUUCUUGGAAAACAUGAAAUUUGUACUUGAACAUCCACAUGUAGACGUCGUCUAACGUGUAUCCAGGUAUAUGUCUUCAAAAAUGAAUCAGAUAGUGUGGGAUGUUCGGUUGAUUUAAUUAAGUCUGCUUUGUCUCUAGUGAAGCAGGCACGUGUAAACAAUAGAGUCUGCUACGUAUGGUCAUGUUUUAAAAAAAUAUUUGAUAAAAAUGUAUUUUUCUAACAAUAAAUAAGAUGUUUAAUUCAUAUAUUUAUGUUAUUUAUGAGAGAGAGAGAGAGAGAGAGAGGGAGAGAGAGGGAGACAGAGAGUGAGAGAGAGAAGUGUAAUAAGC